AAAGAAGCAAACGUCAAGGCAUUUUUUUAAAGUUGUUCUAACUGCCUAAAAAAGCGUUUUAAAUUGUUGAAUUCUAUUUUAAAUUGUUAUAUUAUUGUUUCAGUGAUAAAAUGGUGAUCGAUAUGUCGUAUUCUGAACACUAGCUAACGUUUCCCCAGUGUUUUUUGUUGUGCUCUAAAAGUGGACUCGCCCAAACGCAGUUUGACAAGCGAAUUUUGUGUACAAACAAGCCAUAGACUUGGUCGCGAAGAAUUUUCGGUUUUAUUUCGAAUUACAUUUGUAAUGUGCUCAAAUUAUUUCACUCACAAAUCGUCGGUCUCAUCGUUCAAGUUGGUGCAUUCGAAAAGAAAAGGUAUAUUCAUACACCCGACUACAAUGUUUAAAAACUCUCCAAGUGUCCUAAAUCCCUUAACGAUAUAAGUUUAACAAGCCAGUGAGUGAUAAGUACAAAGUAAAAUUCGUGAUAUUAAAAUUAAUAAAUAAAAAGGUCCAAAAUGAAGCUCUUGGAAAGCACUAGAUUCGAGGCAAUGAACAAUGCACUCUUCAUCGAGACAGGGGACAGCAAAAUUGUUGGACGCAUCGAAAGUUACUCCUGCAAAAUGGCAGGCACAGACAAGGCACUCUACAAGAGGUUUAAUGCUGAGGGGAUUCACCCCAGCGAUCUGCAAGCCCUUUCGCCCCCUCAGGGGGUAUCUCCGGGACAUUCUCAAUAUGCCAGGAGCAUAUCGGGGGACGAAGAGGGGCCCUUAUGCGAUACCAUCAGUCGCAAAACCCUCUUUUAUUUGAUUGCUACAUUGAAUUCUUCAUUUCCAGACUAUGAUUUUAUGGAUGUUAAGAGCGCGGAGUUCAGCAAGGAGCCGUCCCGGCAAUGGGUGACCACGGCCAUCGACUCGAACCUGGGCGCCACCGCCGGCGAGCCGUACAGGCUGAUGGGGCCGUCGAUGUGGUCGGCGAUCGACGACGAGAUCUCGCUCGAGAACUGCGACAUCUACUCGUACAACCCCGACCUCGCCUCGGACCCCUUCGGCGAGGACGGCUGCCUGUGGAGCUUCAACUACUUCUUCUACAACAAGAAGCUCAAGCGCAUCGUCUUCUUCGCUUGCAGGGCCAUCAAUCCAAGGUACACGCUGGAUUCGGGCUUCGGUAGCGAUUUCAUAAUGGACGAUGACGAUCUCUACGACUAAAUUACGCCCAGCAAAACCCGUACUGUCGACUUCGCGCUUUUUAAGACGGUACGCGCUGUAAAAGUUUUGGUGAGAGCAGAACUGAAAACCAAAUAAAUCGCAAUUUUGUCUGCCCCCUCCCCCCGCCGCACUAAUAAACCGACAUUUAUCGGCAGCAAAAAUAAAAAACUGCCGAGAUCUUUUUUCUUGCAUCCGGCAGUUUUUACACUUUGACAAUGACAAAACGAUUGAAAAAUCUUUUGGUGAGAGCAAAAGUACAAAGUAACUUUAAUUAUAGAUUCAUAGGUGUUUUUUUAGUCCGCUAGUUAUUAGUGUUAGAUUCAAAUAUGUUUGUCACACAUUAUAUAUUAACGUGAUUUUCAAUGGAUUGUUCGACAUUUUUUUAAGGUUAAGUUUUUAACAGAUUUUAGAACGAAUUCACAAUUUUUUUGAAUUAAUGUACUUAAAUUAAAAGUAGGGUGGGGUGAUGGGUUUUAAAAACAUUCGCCCCACCUUAUUUUUACCUAUUUUAUUAUUUUCAAUUAAACAUUUUUAAUAAAUAUUUUAAAUUUCACGCGCAACACAAUAAUAAAAAUAAUAACACGAAAAAUCAAACAUUUUUUUUGUUAUUAUUUCACUGCUUACCGAUUUUUUGACCUGUUAUAUUUUUUUUGCUUUGCGUCAAAAAAUCAAACGGACUUGUUCAUAAAAGUCCUUUUUGCGUUUUGCAUUUUAAAAUUGCCGACUUUAUUCUAAAAUUUCUCAUUUUCAACAUUACAUAGUAUUAGUUUUUAGCUUUAAAACAUUUUUGAAGACUUAUUUGGGUUAAGGUUAGUUGUUUUGAUCUCACAAAAUUUAAUUUUUCGUAAUUUUUUCGGUACAAUAGUAUUUUAGCAGGUUUUUGCUAGGCUGUAUAAAACUUUCUAACAUUUUCCCCAAAAACAACUAAUACAACACAUUGUUUAGGUUAAAGAUCUGAUAAUAAAUUAGUUAGAGUUAA